AUGCAGUGGGCAACGGUUGUGAUACUUUUCAGUAUUGUUUGUUCAGUUACAUUAGCAGAAGAAAAUGAUGGCACGCCAUCACUUCGGGUUUUAGCAAGAUCAUCCGUGUAUAAUGCCGGAGAGAAAAAAGCAAUUUAUUGCAAGGGACAAAAUCUCCAACAGAGCUUAGAAUGGUAUUCACCCUCGGGUGAACCAGUCGAGGGUCGAUCUACCAAAAACACCAGAGUAUACGUAGAGAGGCAGAAAAAUGAUACACUACUGCCUCUGAUUAUUCACAGUAUAAAGGUUGAAGAUAGUGGCAAUUGGACCUGCAAAUCCGGCGAUCUCAAUGAAACCAUUGAAAUUCUGGUUGGAGAAAAAGUCAAUAUUUCCAAUCGUUAUGAAAGUUUCGAAGGUGAAGAGGGUAAAUCGGCAAGAUUAAACUGUGAGGCAAAGGGGAAGCCACAACCUGUUGUUCAAUGGUACAAAGAUAUCGAAGUUAUAUCUGAUAAAUCCAAAAAGUACGUCGUGAGGAAGAAGGGGGAUAAUUACCAACUAGAAAUUAAGGAUCUAAACCAUCAAGAUACAGGUGAAUAUGUAUGCAAAGUCACGCAAAAUGCCCUGCGGUAUUAUACUGAUAAACGUGUACAGCUGACCGUUCAACAUAAACCGAUCCUCUUUAAUAGUGACACUGAAGAAAUUUAUUCCUCAACAUACAGAACCGAAGAAGUUUACGCCAUUUUGAACGAAACCAAGAACAUUUCAUGCAGUGCAAUUGCUCAUCCUACUCCAACUUUUAGUUGGUCUAGGCGACAUGAAAAUGAAUUCGAUGAGCCUAUUGAAGAUGAGGAGAAGGUAUUAACGUCUCCAAGUGGCAAUGUGUCUGUUCUUGUGCUCAGAAUGCAUGAUGAAAGUUUAUACGGCGAGUACAAGUGUACUGCUAAAAAUCCUAAGGGACAAGCUUCCGUUGUGUUUCACGUCACAGAAGGGAAUAAACCAAAUCCACCUGAUCAAGUCAGUGUUUAUUCAUCUAAUGUCAGCACAAUCACAUUCAAUGUAACUUGCUCAACGUGUAAUAUGGAUUAUGAGGAAGAUAAGGCCCCAGAUCCAGCUAACCUUGUUGUUCUUGGUUAUUCGUUCGAGUUAGUUCCAGUGCGAGCUGAUUAUCCUCCACAAUGGGACGAGGCGUUAUUCUUCGAUGUCGAUAUUCAAUCUGCUAAUGACACGUUGUUCACGGUUGGGGAGCUAUCAAACAGCACAACUUUUCACGCCCGAGUCCGUACACGCAACGCAGCCGGCCAUUCUGAAUGGGUGGACAUCGUAUCUUCCAAAAUUAUAACUACUAGCAAUGCUAUAAAACUAUUUCUGUCCUGUAAUUUGCUUUUUGCCAGCCUUAUAGUGAUUGCAUGUAACAAAGUAAAUAUUUAA